AGUAGCCGCGGCGGCCGCAGGGGUUCCCGGCUGCCGCAGCUCCUCAGGGGAGCCGAGCGCGCCUCCUGCGAGCCCAGCACCCCCAACCUGCUCGCCGCGCGCAGCUGAGCCGCCGCGCGGGACUCGUCGCCCAACAUGGAUUUCCUCCUGGCGCUGGUGCUCGGGUCCUCGCUCUAUCUGCAGGCGGCCGCGGAGUUCGACGGGAGGUGGCCCAGGCAAAUAGUGUCAUCCAUUGGCCUGUGUCGUUAUGGUGGGAGGAUUGACUGCUGCUGGGCCUGGGCCCGCCGGUCCUGGGGACAGUGUCAGCCUUUCUACGUCUUAAGGCAGAGAAUAGCCAGGAUAAGGUGCCAGCUCAAAGCUGUGUGCCAGCCACAGUGCAAACACGGUGAAUGCAUCGGACCAAACAAGUGCAAGUGUCAUCCUGGAUAUGCCGGCAAAACCUGCAAUCAAGACGAACACUUGUACCCAACUCCUCUUGACCAAGGCAGUGAACAGCCUCUUUCACAACCCCUGGAUCAUCAAGCCACAAGUUUACCUUCAAGGGAUUUAAACGAGUGUGGCCUGAAGCCGCGGCCCUGCAAGCACAGGUGCAUGAACACUUACGGCAGCUACAAGUGCUACUGUCUCAACGGAUACAUGCUUAUGCCGGAUGGAUCCUGCUCAAGUGCCCUGACGUGCUCCAUGGCAAACUGUCAGUAUGGCUGUGAUGUUGUCAAAGGACAAAUUCGGUGCCAGUGCCCCUCUCCUGGCCUACGGCUGGCUCCUGAUGGGAGGACCUGUGUGGACAUUGAUGAAUGUGCUACUGGAAGAGCCUCCUGCCCUAGAUACAGGCAGUGUGUCAACACUUUUGGGAGUUACAUCUGCAAAUGUCAUAAAGGCUUCGACCUCAUGUACAUUGGAGGCAAAUACCAAUGUCACGAUAUAGAUGAAUGCUCCCUUGGUCAGUAUCAAUGCAGCACCUUUGCUCGAUGUUACAACGUACACGGGUCCUACAAGUGUAAAUGUAAAGACGGAUACCAGGGCGAUGGACUGAAUUGUGUUUAUAUUCCAAAAGUCAUGAUUGAACCUUCAGGUCCAAUUCAUGUACCAAAGGAAAAUGGUACCAUUUCAAGGGGCGAUGGAGGACACAGUAAUUGGAUCCCUGAUGUCAGAAGUACUAGGUGGCCUCUGAAGACACCCUAUGUACCUGCUGUCAUUACCAGCAGGCCCACCUCUGAGCCAACAGCAAGACCUGCCCUGAAGCCAGCGCCACAGCCUGCCCCACCCACAGAACUCAGAACACCUCCACCAGCAGCAGCCCCAGGAGGACCAACCACCAGCCUGACAAGUGUAGCACCAGUUGCCACUGUGUCUCCAAGAAGGAUUACAGUUGACAACAGGAUACAGACAGAGCCUCAGAAACCCCGAGGAGAUGUGUUCAUUCCGCGGCAGCCUUCAAAUGACUUGUUUGAAAUAUUUGAAAUUGAAAGAGGAGUCAGUGCAGAUGACGAAGCAAAGGACGAUCCAGGUGUUCUGAUACACAGUUGUAAUUUUGACCAUGGGCUUUGUGGAUGGAUCCGAGAAAAAGACAGUGACUUGCACUGGGAACCAGUGAGGGAUCCAGCAGGUGGACAGUAUCUGACAGUCUCGGCAGCCAAAGGCCCGGCGGGAAAGGCCGCUCGCCUGCUGCUCCCCAUCGGCCACCUCCUACACUCAGGGGACCUGUGCCUGUCGUUCAGGCACAAGGUGACGGGGCUGCACUCCGGCACGCUCCAGGUGUUUGUGAGAAAACACGGUGCCCACGGAGCAGCCCUGUGGGGAAGAAAUGGUGGCCACAACUGGAGGCAAACGCGCAUCACCCUGCGAGGGGCUGACGUCAAGAGCGUCAUCUUCAAAGGUGAAAAAAGGCGUGGUCACACUGGGGAGAUUGGAUUGGAUGAUGUGAGCUUGAAAAAAGGCCACUGCUCUGAAGAACGCGAGCAACUCCAGAACUAGCAAUGAACCCCGUGUUGCUCCCUCUUCUUUUUCCAACCUUCACCUCCUGUCCUUUCCUCCCUCGUAUCAGGCCUAGGAGAAGAGUGGGUCAGGAGAAAGUCUGGUUGGUGACCCACAUCUUGCUGGCCUGCUUUUGUGCAAUCCCAGUGAACAGUGACACCUUCCUUGAAAUACAGGGGGGCAUCUGUAGAUGUGUCCAAAGCCAUCUUUGGGUGUUACCUUUCAUCCUUUGUCUCUUAAGAAGGCCUUCAGUGUGUGUGACCUAUACCAUCCUUCAUCCUGGUUACAAGGUGUUCCUUGUAGCAAAUUAGAGGAGAAGUUUUCAAAAGAAAUCUGUGCAAAUGACCAUUCUGUUAUCUGUUCAGUGUUGUACCACGAGUAGUAUUGACUCCCCCUAAGAUGCGUUGUACAAUGUGCUUGUGAAAUUGGUUUCUUCUCUCCACUUGGUAGUUCUGGUCUGACCUGAACUCUGACUUUCACUUUAUAAAAGAAGGGUAUGUAGCAUAUCAAGAUGCGUUUAUUCUCGUUAUCUGUAUUUUUCUUUUAAAGACAAUUAUGUAGAGUGGGCACGCAAUCCCUCGUUAGUAGUACUGUGUUUUGUGUAAAUGUGUUAUUGGUAUUAAGUAGUUAUGUGUUCCUAAUAUUUACAGACUCUAGUUGCAAGGGAAAGGCAGCUUAUGAUCUCUUGAGUUAAAAAAAAUACAUGGUGGAAUGGCAUCCAGUUCCAUGACCUUAUAUUGGCAGCAAGAGAAAAUUGGAAGAGGUGUCUGUGGUUGUAGGGAGAUGAAUUUUUUAACGGCCUUGAGUUUGAUCACUACAAAGUAAUAGACAGGAAACUGUAGUUAACAUGUAAAACCCUCACUGUUUCAGGUUACACUUUAAAACCAACAGCCUUUACCAUAACAACGUGGUUCUUUCUGGUAAUAUGUAAGAAGCUUUUGGAAGUUCUGGUUGUUUCAAAGAAAAGCUUCUGUUUGUGGAAGCUUGGUGUGGGGAAACAUGGGGGAAGCUCCGUUGAAAUAGAUUUUCAUACUGACUUUUCAAUGAGUAUAAAUUUAGGCAGGUCUAGAUCACAACUUAUGUGCUGUUGUGUCAGGAAGGGUUGGGAAGCGAGUCUCAUGCUUUGAAGCAUCGGACGUGCUGGAAUGGGAUUCUCACACACACACACUAAAUCAACAGGACAAGAUUGGAAUUCUAAGAUCUAUGAACCCCUAACUAUAUUUCCUCCCUGCAAAGUUUACCUUUAGAUUUAAACAAAAUACAUAACUUUUAAAAGGCAACUUAUUCCUGAGGCUUUUCUUUAUUUCCAAUUAAGUAAUCAAACUAUUUUCUGCUGUUUUUGCCAGGAAUCACAAAGAUGAUUAAAGGGUUGGAAAAAAAGAUCUAUGAUGAAAAGUUAAAGGAACUGGGAUUAUUCAGCAUGGAGAAGAGAAGACUGAGGGGCAAACAACUGCUGGUUUUCAAGUAUAUGAAGGGCUGGUACAGAGAGG